AUGAACACGUUACACACUCCUGCGACCGUGAGGAUAUCCGGCCCACCAAACAGCAGCUUCCUGGUGGGCUACCCUGGCAUUUCUGCGACUUUGCCCAGGAUUGUAGGAAAAGUCGAAAUUCGCCCCGGCGCUGGCUUCUCAGCCCCCGUGAACGUGUCUAUGGUACGAAUAUGCCUCCAACGACGAGAAACGAUACACCCAGCUGCGGAGAAUGUCGCGAAACGCCAUCUUGGGACGCCCCGACGGGAGACGGUCGAUUUAGUGGGGAAAGAGGUGCUGCUCUUUCGAUGUGUUUCGGGAAAAGAGGCGGAAAGUGUGAUUGCGAUGGACCUCCCAUUCCAGAUUUUUAUCCCAUUCGGGCGCAGCGGCGAAGAGACAAACCGCCGCAUACCACCAGCGAGCAUACAAUUACCGAGUCGAAUCGCCGAGACAUACUACGAGCUAGUUGUCACCGUCCAACAAGGGUCCAGUAUGCAGAACCGGUAUACCUUUCCGAUUCCACUCCAACGGUAUGACACGCUCUCGACGUUCGGCAUGUACAACCGACCGGAGACGAGGGCAGCAACAGCCGACCAUGUGGUAACACUAGGCAUAUCGCUUCCGAAGUGGAGUUACGGACCCCUAGACCCCAUCACGGUCUAUGUCAAACUCUCACCAAAUCCAGAUUACCUCAACAAGGCGAAAAGAGUAACAAUACAAAAGCUCACACUCACCAUUGAGGAGGAGAUCACGUUCAACCCAGAAGGAGACGAGCCAACCAAAAAGAUCAACAAGAUCGCCAAGCACACGCAAGCUGUCGGCACGAAGAUGCCCGAGGCAGGAUAUAUUACGAACCUGGGACUAGUCCUUCCAGCACGAGAUCUCAGGGAUCCCGACGGCAUAAUCAAGAGAGGUAAACCUGCCUUUCCCUUGUACGAGGUAAUGAGUUUUACGACGUCAUCUACCUUGUACAAGGUCGAAUUCUUUCUCAGCAUCAAAGCCCACAUGACUUCUGCAAGAGAUAUCACAUUGCGCCAACCGAUCGUGGUAUGCCCCAUGGACCAACAGGCUUGCAAGGAGGAGAUGGACGCGAUCGAACAGGCGGCAAAGGAUGCUUCGCAUGUCGACCCAAACAAUCCGGUUCUACCUGACCGUUCUAUUAUUCUCGCAACCGAGAGGGAGGCGAUUCGACACCUUGGCCUGUGCGAAGUGGGCGGGGUCAAGAAAAUGCUGAUCGAAUGA